AGAAGAUUUUUUGUUAUCCUGCUCACCAUUCAACUCGUCAACAACAUUCAAUUGCAUUCUCAGUAGUAAUGCUUCUUGUUUGUCUUAGCUGUGGCCACCUAUACCACGUCCAAUGCCUGCAGCAGACUGUGGACUGUGGGUUGCCAUGUACUUCAGAGCAGCAGCAGCAGUGGAGUUGCUACAAGUGUUCUACCACUCACAGAGAAAGAGGUCCGCAGUACACCAUGCCAAAGAGUCACUGCACAUCCCUUGCACAGGCUCGAAUUUUAUCCAUGCAUUGUGAUGAAGCUCGUUGGAAGAAGGAAGGAAGACUGGACAUUCAACAAGAACAGUCCUGGGAUCAGCUGCAUUGUUUGUACAAAGGACCAUCGAGAUUGUCCAUCCUGGCAGAGCUCUCUCACCACCACCACAAUAAGAGAACAGGGAUUAUUUUUCAAGGUCAUCCAGCACAAGAGGGUUUCAGUCUUAAGCUAUCUCCUCCACCUGUUUUGGAAGAAUAGUACUGUGUAGAGUUUUAGUUCUUCUUGAGGAGCACGUUGCAGUUCUUUUCUUUUCAUCUUAAACGGGAUAAGUUGUAUGGAAGAUUCAGAGUGAUUGGAUGAUUGAUUGUUUAGUAUUGCUUUUAGUUUUCCUGCCCCAAUAUUAUCAGUAUUACUUGGAUCAGAAUA